CCAACACAAACACCAACAUCAACACCAAUACCACCACCAAUACCAAUACCAACACCACCACCAAUACCACCACCAAUACCAACAUCAACACCACCACCAAUACCAACACCAACACCAACACCAAUACCAACACCAAUAUCAACACCAAUACCAAUACCAAUACCAACAUCAACACCAAUACCAACACCAACACCAACACCAAUACCAACACUAAUACCACCACCAAUACCAAUACCAAUACCAACAUCAACACCAAUACCACCACCAAUACCAACACCAACACCAACACCAACAUCAACACCAAUACCAACACUAAUACCACCACCAAUACCAACACCAACCCUACACAACUACACACUACACAAAUACAUAACACUACACACAACGCUACACAAAUACACAACGCUACACAAAUACACAACACUACACAAAUACACAACACUACACACAACACUACACAAAUACACAAUGCUACACAAAUACACAAUGCUACACAAAUACACAACACUACACAAAUACACAAUGCUACACAAAUACAGAACACUACACAAAUACAUAACCCUACACACAGCACUACACAAAUACACAACAAUACACAAAUACAUAACACUACACACAACGCUACACAAAUACACAAUGCUACACAAAUACACAACACUACACACAACACUACACAAAUACACAAUGCUACACAAAUACACAACACUACACAAAUACACAAUGCUACACAAAUACAUAACACUACACACAGCACUACACAAAUACACAAUACACAAAUACAUAACACUACACACAACGCUACACAAAUACACAACACUACACAAAUACACAACGCUACACAAAUACACAAUGCUACACAAAUACACAACACUACACAAAUACACAAUGCUACACAAAUACACAACACUACACAAAUACACAAUGCUACACAAAUACAUAACACUACACACAACGCUACACAAAUACACAAUGCUACACAAAUACACAACGCUACACAAAUACAUAACACUACACACAACACUACACAAAUACACAAUGCUACACAAAUACACAACGCUACACAAAUACACAACACUACACACGACACUACACAAAUACACUACACAAAUACACAACACUACACACAACACUACACAAAUACACAACGCUACACAAAUACACAACACUACACAAAUACAUAACACUACACACAACGCUACACAAAUACACAAUGCUACACAAAUACACAACGCUACACAAAUACAUAACACUACACACAACACUACACAAAUACACAAUGCUACACAAAUACACAACGCUACACAAAUACAUAACACUACACACAACACUACACAAAUGUGCACAAAAUAGAGAAUAACUGUUUUUUGUUGUUGUUGUUUGUUUGUUAAUGAAAGGGGAAAAAUGAGACAGGAUUAGUUCUGACUCCUUAGCAGGACAAGACCACACACACACACACACACACACACAAAUCUAUUGCAUAAUCCACUUUAGGGCGUCUCACGUGGGAUGCACACUUGGGAUUGUGUGUUAUGCACGCGUGUGUGUGUGUGUGUGAGAGAGAGAGAGAGAGAGGUUCUUCUGAGAGUUUUGGCCAGAACGAUCCUUUGCACGAGGGAGAGAGGGGAGCUUACGUUAAGCUCAAGUGCACUGGCCACAUCCGGGGAAACGGACAACUCUCUCUCUCUCUCUGUCUGUCUCUCUCUCUCUCUCUCUCCCCCUCUCUCUCUCAGACACACAUACCUCACUGACGGUUUGAGAGAGAGGUGACAUCGCGCUUUAACCCUUUUCUGAGCGGAAUAUCGCGUGUAGAUGGGAAAAAAGGAAGGACGUCGAGCGCACCGCGUUGGAAACGCACCGAUUUUCCCAGCAGGAUCUCAUUUAUUUGUUGCUUUUAUUUUCUGUCUCGGUGUGUAAACAGGCUGUUUACAGGACAAUGCCACCCCUCCGACACGUUUAGGCAGCGUGAGGAGAUUUAGCAGCGAUCCACAGCCCUGAGCUCAGGGUGCGCGUUAUUUUCCUGCUGUUGUGUUGGCGCUGAUUGUAAGGCGCAGAUGAAUAAUGCCUGGAUAAGCGCUGUGCGUAAACUGCGCGCCUGAAGCGUCAUAAGAGGGGAAAUUCGGUGUCUUCACGGAUAAUUUCAUCCAGGCAAAGCCAUGGCGAUAAUUCCCACCCUCACCGUCCUCCUCUCUCUGCUCGUCUGUGGUGCGGGUGCAUCUCCUCUAGAAUCUCCGCCCCCUCCCAAAGGGUGUGGCUCAGGUGUCCAUCCAUCUUACCGGCUUCUGUGUGACCUCGAGUCUGUGUGGGGGGUUGUUUUAGAGGCCGUGGCAUGUGGUGGCGCCGUUUCGGCUCUUGUUCUUUUCGCCGUUCUCCUCUCGAAGCUGAAAAUGGUGACUGAGCCAGAGCGGCGUAGCGGUGUAGGCCCUCUCCUGCUGCUGCUGCUGAGUACGGUGGGUCUGUUCUGCCUGUCUCUGGCGUUCAUGGUGGGACGCGGCGAGACGGUGUGCAUGUUGCGCCGUGGGCUGUGGAGCUCACUCUUCGCUCUGUGUUUCUCGUGCCUGUUGGUCCAGGCACUGCGGUUACGGAAGCUCGCGACAGGGGAACGCAGCCCGUCAGGUGGCUCGCUCUCGGUGCUGGCGUUGGGAAUUGCGCUGGUGCAGGGAGUCAUCAGCGGAGAGUGGCUGUUGCUGACGGUGGCGCGCGAGGGCCACAGUGCCUGCCAUUACCCACCACUGGACUUUGCACUAGUGUGCGGCUACGCGUUGGCACUGCUCCUCACAUCGACAACGGUCUCGCUCACGGUCCUUCUGUGUGGCGCAAGGCAUGUAGAUGACGCAGCCAGGAAGAAGAGACGCCAAUGGAGCUGUAAUGGUGUCUGGCUUUUCCUCUCCUGUCUCGUCUCCCUGCUCGUUUGGGCUGCAUGGCUCGGGUUUUACCUCUACGGUAACACUCCUGGAAAGAGCACCAUGACCAGUGAGACCGAUGGUGAAGAACCCGCUCUGGCCAUAGCCUUAGUAAUGGAGGGAUGGGCACUGCUGCUCUUCCAUGCCAUCCCAGAAGCCCACCUGUGUCUGCGACUGACCAGUCAGAGGGGCGACGAAGGGUGCCAGGAUUACUACGACGCACGGCAACCGCAGUCUUCACAUGGUUACCGCGAUGAUGAUGAGCUGCCAGCCAAUCACAGAGCAGCAUACACGGAAAGACAGGCAUUUUCCAUAGAGGAGCACAGCGCAGGCAUGCAGGCCGGAGGUUACCACGCUACAGUAAUACGACCCACACCUCAAUUCCGAAGCCACGUGUACCAGCCCACAGAGAUGGCCCUGCUCAUGAACGGAGGAACGAUUCCCACGGCUCCCCCAAACUACACAGGAAGGCAUCUGUGGUGAAUCCCAUAAGCACCCGGAUGAGACACACUCUGUGUGAUGUCACAGGGUCAAAGGGCAUACAGUGUGGAGAGCGUAAACUAAUAGUUUUACUUAAGCUGUGCUUUCAUAUGAUAUUGUAAUAAUGUAAUAAUCUCUAUAAGUUAACCUGAACCUGAGCGAUGGAAUGCGUGUGGACUGCGCAGUGAUGUUGCACUGGAUGGUAACAAAUUACGGCUGCUUUCAUACCAGGCGUUUUUCUUUCUUUCUUUCUUUCUUUCUUACUGAAGCGUCUCACGUGACACGUACACUGUAACUAGACCAACGCUCUUAUCAGUGCUCAUUAGUAGAAGUUCACUAGCCAGUAUUAUCGUUAUUAAUAUUAAAGAUUAGAUUUAUUUUUGGGGUACACUGUGUAUGUGUGUGGAGUUAGCACAUUCUCUUCGUGCUGCAGGGGUUUCCUCCGGGUACUCCGGUUUCCUCCCCCAGUCCAAAGACAUGCAUGGUAGGCUGACUGGCAUGUCCAAAGUGUCUGUAGUGUAUGAAUAUGUGUGUGAUUGUGCCCUGCGAUGGAUUGGCACCCCUUCUAGGGUGUACCCCACCUUGUUCCCCAUGCUCCCUGGGAUAGGCUCCAAGUUCCCCAUGACCCUGUAGGAUAAGCAGUAUAGAAAAUGGAUGGAUGGAUAGAUUCAUGAAUCUAAUUUUAAUUUUAAAACAUGUGAGUGGAAAGUUUCGAAAUUCAAACGCUCCUGCUCCAAAUAAAUAGCCAGAAUAUCAUCGCACAACAAGAGUUUCCAAAACGUGAUCAUAAAUACGUUCAUGAGAGGAACUCACUAAAUUUCCUCUUAUGUUUUAUUCGUUCAUUUUCCAAAGGAAUAUUACUGCUACGUAAAAUAUAUCUACAAAGAAGGAAUUUUUGGGUGCUGCUAUUUUGAAAUGUUACUGUGACUGAACCAGCCACAUUUACACAAGUGAAGUGUACGUGCUGAUGUAAUGGGGUUUUUUUUUUGUUAGCGUAGGAGUUCAGCAAUAAAAAUGGACAAAUUUCUCUCGUCCAUCUACCUCCGCUAGUUUCUCAACGAAAUCGAGUGACUCGGUGGGGAUUGAGAAAAACAAACACAAAAAACAUAGCUGCAAGCAGCAAUACCGGGUUCAAGCCAAUUAUCGGCACCAUGAGCGGCAAAAGAAGCUUUGUGACGUGGUUUUGGUUAGAGUCCGAUCAGCAGUGUAUGAGUUAGAAAAAGUACACGUUCAUUCAAAAUAGCUACUUCUUAGAAAUUUUGUCCAGUAUGUGCCGCUGCUCUGAAACUGCUCAGGUAGCAUCUGGGCAUGAUAGUUAUCUGGGCCUGAUAAGAAAGCGUUCAAGAUUUAUAAGCCUAAAAGCAGUUUUUUCUAUCUCCUGACCAGUAGGGGGCUGUGUGCCAACACAUUGCACGUAACCUCAGGGCCUAAUGCUGAUGACACGUACCAAGUUCCUCACAAUCCCUCAAAGCGUUGCGGAGAUAUACCCUCACAACCAUUUUGGUGUGCGCUUCGGCGAAUUCGUUGAAGCGCCAUUCAAAAGCGGUACGGUGUAUCAAAAUUCCAUGAAUAACUUUUUGUCGUGAGUGUCUCUAGAUUAUGCCGGCCAAUUCCCGUGCAAGUCGGACAAACGGCCUUGGGCGAGUUCGAAAAAAAAAGUAGGUUUUUCAGAAAAUUAAAAAUGGCAGAAAAGUUUUCAUGACGGAAAAUGGCGUCGUAGGGUGCAUUCGAAUCGUCUCGAGCCAAGGACUCAAAGGAAUCACGAAUUUCUAGUGCUCACGGUUUAUUACGUCUUCAACAUAAACGUGAGAGCAAAUUUGGGCAGUUGGUGGGGCUAGAGGGAUUGAGUUAGAUACCUCAAAUUUGGCGUAGUAACAGUUCAGACUGUCCUCUAUCUGUGUACCAAAUUUCAUAAUGGAUACAAUAUGCGGUAACAAUUAUUGACUCGUGAAGGUAAAUAAUGUGGAGAACUCAAUAAAUACUAAUUACAUAAUAAUUCAUUAUGCUUGUAAAUCUCCACUGAGGGAGUCUGUGGACAGAUUGAUACCUACUGAUUUACACCACUGUAUGCAGCCAUUAUUGGAAGCGGGUCCUCAGAAACCAGUAAACAUCCCAGCAGUGGCAGUUUAUUAUCUCUAAUUGUAUUCCGACGUUAAAAUAUCUCUGGCGGAAGG